ACUGAAAAACCCUAGCAGAGCAUUACAACUUAGAGCAAAGGAAUUUUGAAGUUUUUGAAGGUUGAAGAUUAACUCAUAAUGACUGGAGAUAAUUUGGUGUUGCCUCCUGGAUUUAGAUUCCAUCCCACGGAUGAGGAAUUGGUUAUGCAUUACCUUAUCAAGAAAUGCGCUUCUCAAACGAUUUCGGUUCCUAUUAUUGCUGAGAUUGAUUUGUAUAAGUUCGAUCCGUGGCAGCUUCCUGAGAUGGCUCUGUACGGAGAAAAGGAAUGGUACUUUUUCUCACCUAGAGACAGAAAGUAUCCAAACGGAUCUCGACCUAACAGAGCCGCCGGAACUGGUUACUGGAAAGCCACCGGAGCAGACAAGCCGAUCGGAAAACCAAAAGCCGUCGGAAUAAAGAAGGCGUUGGUGUUCUACGCCGGAAAAGCUCCGAGAGGCGUUAAAACGAAUUGGAUUAUGCAUGAAUAUCGUCUCGCGAACGUCGAUAGAUCCGCCGGCAAACGGAGCAACAAUCUAAGGUUAGAUGAUUGGGUAUUAUGUCGGAUAUACAACAAGAAAGGGGUAUUGGAAAAACAUUUAAAUGCAGAAACAAAAUCAAUACAAUUUUCUGAGGUGAAAAUUGAAACAAAACCGGAUAUCACAGCAUAUUCUCCCGUGGCUAAAACGUCAUCGUUUCAAGCACCAUUGUCAUCAGUACCUCAUCACGUCAUGGAUGACGGAUUUAAUUUCGAAACAUCGGAUUCAGUUCCCACUUUACACACGGAUUCAAGUUCAGAACACGAAAGAGAAGUUCAAAGUGAAGCUAAAAGAGAAGAUUUUCAAUAUAAUUAUAUUGAUCCGUUUGCAGAUGACGCUUUUACCCCUCAAAGUCAAUACUACGAUUAUCAACUCUCUCCUUUACAAGAUAUAUUCAUGUUCAUGCCAAAAUCAUUUCAAAUGUAAUAAAAAAAGAAACUAUGGCAACAUGUGUACAUGAAAUGGAGUUUUGACCAGAGUACAAUCAUCCCAGCAUGAUGUACAAGUUGGAGAAGCCGCAAUAGUUGAAGGGGUUUAGGCCCAUGACAUUCAAUUGGGCUUGUUGACUUUGACUCUUUGGGCUGACCAUUGAAGAAACGUGAAAACCGUGAAGGGCAAUACUGUCAUUUUGCAUAUGUAGAUCCUAAGUUUAUUCCAUGUUAAUAUUAGCAUUCUUUUGGUAGGGAGAGCAUUUUACACAUGUAGGAGAGGAGUAGGACGUU